AACUGUUCAGACCAGACAGGCAAAAAGUGCAACAGGACAGAGUUUGUAUUCUGAAACCACUGGACUUUUCUGGGUGAUUAUGACCCGACGGAGCAUGUCCUUUCUGCUGUUAAUUCUGUUUGGGAUUCAGGCUGCUGUUUUGGUUUCAGCUUAUCCCAGAGAGCAUCUGGUGAGACACCAAAAACGGUGGUCUGUCCCUCCUAGACUACUGAGUGAGAACAGGGACUACACCCAAUGGGCUUUUAUUGCCAAGAUCCGAUCGGACCAUGCAGGGAUGGAAAAAAUUACUUAUUCCUUAGAGGGCAUCGGAGCAAAUCAGUACCCUUAUCAUGUGUUUGUGGUUGACCCUCAUACUGGAUACAUCCGUGUGACCAAAAUCCUUGACAGGGAGGACAUCGCCCGAUACCAAUAUGAGGCAACCAUUUUGGAGAACACACAGAAUGUUGAGGUGAUGAGGCUCAAAGCAGAAGACCUGGACGAAGAGAACACAGACAACUGGGUUGUUGUUUAUGAAAUCGUCAAAGGGAACGAGGCCGGAUAUUUCAGCAUAAAAAAAGAUCCCAUAACCGGCGAACACAUCUUAAUGCUUGAUAAGGCUGUGGACUUUGAGGAUGUAAAAAACCUGAACCUAGGGCUAGCGGUGCGCAACAAGGCCCCCAUGUUUAACGGAUCUAUUCCCAAUGGUGGAGCUAGUAUUGGUUUUGGAGGAGGUCCCAGUGGUCCCAGUGGUGCCUCUGGUGCCAGCGGCUCCAGCAGCUCCUCUGGAACCGGUGGAUCCGGUGGAAAAUUCAAAACCUAUCCAAUCAAAAUCAAUGUGAAGAACCAGGCAGAAGGACCACAUUUUGAACCAGCAGUCAAAGCUAUUCCAGUCACAGAAGGAAGCGAGUCCUUCACCGUUGGUCAAGUCAUCUCCAGUUAUCCUCCCUCUGCAGAAAGAUGA